UCGAUGAAUUCUUGUGACAGAUCACAAAACUUGGACAGUAAUGGCCACCUCUCGACACAGGAAUUUGUAUGUACUGACAGCAACACAUGGGCUGAUGGUAGCAGUGUCUUUGUGCAUGUUGGAAAAUCUCCAAGAGGAGUUCAUCUCAGCUCAGAUGACACAGAAGCACAAAGGCGUGAUGGGACUCUAACAAUAACCUUGGAAGCAGGGACACAAACAGGAGCUUUAUCUUACCGAGAUGUCUCAGUUCAGUGCUCACUUAUUCAUCACAGCAACUCUGUCCCUUUCCACUCUGCUAAUAAGAAAACCAGCGCCUUUACCACAAGGUGGCAGUAUUCUAAUUUUAAUCAGUUGCUUAAUCCAACAACACAUACUUCUCCAAAAAAUGGGCACAAAAGAUCAGGAAACAUGCCCUUAGGGCCAUUAGCAACAAACCAGCAGGCACAGAGACAUCCAAAAUCACAAAUGGGCAUCUCCUUCCGCCAACUUCAUAGUCAGAAGAGCAUGAAAAGAGAUCUGUCGUCAGCUUCGAAACAUCCUUUCUGCAAAGCCUCAGUACAAAUAGGACAACAAAACUUGAUCAAAUUAGUGCGUACAACUGAAGUUUCAGAGUAG